CUUUUGCCAAGCACUUGCCUUCUCUUUUUUAAAGUCCACCAUAUUUUUACAGCUUACCCACUUCUCCUCCUCCUUUUCUCCACCGCCAUCAGCCAUUGCCACCACCGCCACCACCACUUGUUUCUCCUUUCUCAAACAACACCCGCCAUUAACAUUAACUAAGAACAGAAUACACCACAAAUUUGGGUCUUAAUCUUUUGAAUCUCAGACAGUUUCCUCUUUACAACCAAGCAUUUAAAAUCCCUUUACAAAGCUGCAUUUUUGAAGACAAUAGAAGGAGAUUUAAGUGAUGGACCGUCAUUGGCCUUGGAAGAAAAAAUCAUCUGAUAAAGCUCAUAAAGCCGCCGCCGCUGCCGCCACCACUACGGUGGAUGCUGCCGCUAACGUUGCGGCUCCAGCUGCAGCUCAAGGCAAUGAGGAUGUGCCGAAAAAACCGAAGUACGUUCAAAUCUCGGUGGAAUCGUAUUCACAUCUCACUGCUUUGGAGGAUCGAGUGAAAUUGUAUGAUGAACGAGUUAGGUCAUUGGAGGAGGAGAUUAAGGACUUGAACGAAAAGCUCGAUGCGGCGAAUUCGGAGAUUUCUACCAAGGAAGACAUGGUGAAACAACAUGCUAAAGUAGCCGAAGAAGCCGUCUCAGGUUGGGAAAAAGCCGAAGCAGAGGCAUUGGCAUUGAAGAAUCACCUUGAAUCUGUUACACUUUCGAAGCUCACUGCCGAAGAUCGGGCAUCGCACUUAGACGGUGCGCUCAAGGAGUGCAUGCGGCAAAUCCGGAAUCUGAAGGAAGAACAUGAGCAGAAGGUGCAAGACGUGGUGGCGAGCAAAAACAAGCAAUGUGAAAAGAUUAAACUCGAGUUUGAAGCUAGGAUUUCUAAUUUAGACCAAGAGCUCCUUAAGUUCGAAGCCGACAAUGCCGCGAUUACGAGGUCUUUGCAAGAACGUUCUAACAUGCUGGUUAAGAUUAGCGAAGAGAAAUCACGAGCUGAGGCUGAGAUCGAGCUUCUAAAGGGUAAUAUUGAAUCGUGCGAAAGGGAAAUCAAUACCUUGAAGUAUGAAAUCCAUGUAGUUUCGAAAGAGCUCGAAAUUCGUAACGAAGAAAAGAACAUGAGUAUGAGGUCUGCACAAGUGGCUAACAAGCAGCAUAUGGAGGAUGUUAAAAAGAUAGCAAAGCUCGAAGCAGAAUGCCAAAGAUUACGUGGUCUUGUGCGGAAAAAGUUGCCCGGUCCGGCUGCACUCGCUCAAAUGAAGCUAGAGGUCGAGAGUUUAGGACGGGAUUACGGAGAUACACGAUUAAAGAGGUCUCCUGUUCGGCCUUCUACUCCACACUUGCCGGCCGUGAGUGAAUUUUCACUCGACAAUGUGCAGAAAUUCCAAAAAGAGAAUGAGUUUCUCACAGUACGUUUAUUGGCAAUGGAAGAAGAAACGAAGAUGUUGAAAGAAGCGUUAGCAAAACGUAAUAGUGAGCUACAAGCUUCAAGGAGUCUGUGUGCUAAGACGUCGAGCAAGCUUCAGAGUUUAGAAGCACACCUUUCCCGAAGUCCCUCAAAAGCAGAAGUUUACUCGAGUCAAAAUGCUAGUACUCCGCCGAGUGGUACUUCCGUAUCCGAAGACGGUAAUGAUGAUGACAGAAGCUGCGCCGAAUCAUGGGCGACAGCUUUAGUUUCCGAGCUCUCUCAAUUCAAAAAGGAAAAGGGUACCGAUACGCCGAACAAAAACGAAAAUUCAAAGCACUUGGACCUUAUGGACGACUUUCUCGAGAUGGAGAAGUUGGCUUGUUCUUCAAAUGAUUCAACUACAAACGGUGCAAUCAACAUUUCAGGUUGUACCAACGAUAAGGUAUCUGAAACCGUUAAUGGUGAUGCUUCUGGAGAGAUUACUUGCAAGGAACCCGAUGUAGAUGAAUUGCCAGCUAUGAAGCUUCGAGCAAAGCUCUCUAUGGUGCUUGAAUCGAUAUCUAAGGAUGCAGAUGUGCAGAAAAUUUUGGAGGACAUCAAAUGUGCUAUGCAGGACUCAGAGAAUGGUGUCUUGGAGCAAUUGCACGAUUCUGAUGUCACAUGCAGUGAUCAAGCUUGUCCCGGAGAUGCUAGCUUAACCGCAGAGAAGGAAAUUGCUAUGUCUGCAGGUGAUAAGUUGACUUCGGAAAAUGUGCAAACCUUAAGUCGAGAUUUAGCUGCUGCGGUUUUGCAGAUUCAUGACUUUGUACUGCCCCUAGGAGACGAAGCCAGGGCAGUUGAUGAUAUAUCUUUCGAUGGCAAUGGAUUAAGCCAUAAAAUUGGCGAGUUCUCCGUCACCUACAACAAGGUUUUAUGCGGCAACGUAAGUUUGGAUGAUUUUGUUCUUGAUCUUUCUUCUGUUUUAGUCAGAGCUAGUGAAUUAAGAUUCAAUGUGCUUGGCUACAAGGGUAAUGAAGUUGAAAUAAAUAGUCCGGAUUGCAUAGACAAGGUCGCUUUACCGGAGAAUAAGGUGACACAAAACGGUUCAUUGGGAGGAAUAUAUGAAAAUGGAUGUGCCCACAUUUCAAGUCCGACUUCUAAUCCUGAGGUUCCUGAUGACGGAAACUUGGUCUCGGACUUUGAAUCAAAACAAUUGAGCAAAUUCUCGUUGGAAGAGUUCGAGGAACUGAAGUUGGAGAAAGAAAGCUUGGCGAUGGAUCUUUCUCGAUGUACCGAAAACCUGGAGAUAACCAAGUCUAAAUUACACGAAACCGAAUUGCUUCUAACAGAAGCUAAAUCUCAAUUGGCUUCUGCUCAGAAAUCAAACAGCUUGGCUGAGACACAGCUUAAGUGCAUGGCAGAGUCGUAUAGAUCACUCGAAAAGCAUGCAGAGGAGUUAGCGACUGAGCUGAACAUUUUCCGGGUAAAAACCGAAACUUUUGAAAAUGAGCUUCAAGAUGAAAAGAAAGGUCAUCAUGAUGCUUUAGCUAGAUGUAAAGAACUUGAAGAGCAUUUGCAAAGCAAGGAAAUCUGCUCGGUUUGUUCUUCAGCAGCCAAUAUUGACCGCACGAGCAAGCAGGAGAAAGAAUUAGCAGCUGCGGCAGAGAAAUUAGCAGAAUGUCAAGAAACCAUAUUCCUUCUCGGCAAGCAAUUAAAAGCUUUCCGCCCUCAAACCGAAACGAAGGGAUCGCCGUACAACGAGAGGAUACCAGGUUUCCAUGAGGAUGAAACCGUUACCAGCAGCAUUAACUUGCAUGAUCUAAACCAGGCAGAGAUAGAAACAGCUGGUUCGGGGAAUGCAAGCAGAUCGUGUGCAGAAUCACCCAUGGAGUCAUCAUUUAACACCCCAUGCAGCCCUUCAGAUACUGAAGCAAACCUUUUGAGAUCACCAAUCAACUCGAACAACUCAAAUCACAGGUCUACCAUGUCAAGCUCCGAGUCUUCCUCGUCUACACCGACACCGGAGAAACAAUCUCGAGGCUUUAGUAGAUUCUUUUCCUCCAAAGCGAAGAACGGGCAUUAAUCCGGCAAGUCGAUAGGUGCAUAAUAGUAUUUUGUUGGACUUUGAAUGUGAAUUUGUAAGUAAUGACUGUAUAUGGUUUUCGUGUGACAUCUAUGGUUUUAAAGCUGGUUAAUAUAUUUUGAAUAUUAUUUUAUGCGACCUAAAA